CUAACCGCGUCACCACCUGACCCAGCUGAUUUGAUGUCGCGUCGAGCCUAAUUUCCGAUUUUCGAAACUACCGCAUGGCAGUCAUGACCACCCAACAAUCGGAAGGCGCGCUUCUCGGCGAGAAGCCCCUCCCGAGCACUCUGCCGGGCGCAAAAGAAGGCCUCAAUGGGAGCUUGGAAGUGAAUGGGUAGGUUGGGUCGCUUUUGUCUGGUCGCACCUGUAUGCUUACGAUCGCUCAAAAGCCAUACGUCCCCACGCUCGAACCCCCUCGAGUCCGAGUCCGGAAACGCGCCCGAAUUAAACGGCGAGACGCCUUCUACUGACCUUAAGCUCAGCCAGAACCAAGGCGCCUUCGCCGCCAACUACGCUCUAUCCGACAAAAUGAAGGAAGAUGACCAGCGCGCGGAGACUCCUAAGCGUGCGCCCGACUCUGACAUUGCCACUGAAAUGGACAGAGUGAAGGCGGACGAUACCGCGGCGCCCACCGACACCGACAUGCCUGAUGCGCCCACCAACAGCACGUCGGGUGACAAGACGUCGGAAGCGCUUUCGCCAAAGUCGCAACCCAAGGCGGAAGCUGCCGCUCCAUCGGGGGGCAAAGAGGAAGAGAACAACCCCGCCGCCGAUGCCACCGACGCGCCCACAACCGCAGCGCCGGCCGGUGCAGCGGAGGAUGUUACCAUGGCGGACGCAGAAGAGCAGGCUGAGACAUUGAAGCCGGCGAAUCCUUCGGAAGGCACUAAGAGCGAAAAGAUGAGCGACGAUUCGGGCGUCAACCUCAAAGACGAUGCAGCCAUCCCAGCGGUGGAGUCGCAGGCCAGCGCAGCCGACACGACCGCCGCUGCGAGCCCUCCCCCGCCUCACGGGGACGCAAGCACGUCGGAGGCUGCGCAGACGGCCGCAAAGGUGCCCCGGGAGAGGGACGUCGACGGCGAGGACGAACCGGUCGCGAAGCGAACCAAGAUUGAACAUGCGGCAGAUGAGGUACAUGCGAAGACCGGUUCGGAGGAGCGCAUGGAGGUGGAUCAGCAAGCGGGUGGCGAAGCUGCCGAGGCUCAGAACCUCGCUGACGAUGCGCUCAACGACAAGCCGAUCACAGAGUGGCAGAGCAAGCAGAUCCGACUGGUGUUGGCCGGCGUCAAGAAGACAAAGGCCGGCGUGCAGUUCAGGCUCCCCGUUGCGCAGCUCUGGCCUCACCUAUGGAGUGACUACUCGGCCAAGAUCUCCAACCCGACGGACAUCAGCUCCAUGGAGAAGCGUCUCCGCGGCGAUGGCCCUCGCUACGCCACGAUGGGUGAGUUCAAGCAAGACCUUGACCUCCUUGUUCAGAACUCGAUUACCUUCAACGGCGAUGCCCAUGCCGUGACGGAGCAGGCGAGAGCCUGCCGUAAAGCCAUUCUCGAUCGGUUGGCCUUGCAGCCGGCGGUCGAACCAGCGAAACCCGAGAGGAAAGAGUCCGCUAAGCCGCACAGCACUCGGCAUGUUGAGCCUCGUGCAGCCGCGGCCCCAAACUCGACAGCGGGCCCCGGUCGCCCCCCGAAGGGCGGAGCGGCCAGCCCGUCCCAGUCCCAACCCCCGUCGGAGGCCCAGUCCCAGCCACAACAGCCCCAGAAGCCAGUCCCCGAAUCGCCUGCGUUUGCGCUUCCUCCCGGGAGCAACGGCGUGCCGCUGAUUCGGCGUGACUCGACCAAGCCCGAGAGCCGGGCCAAGCGGCCGGUGAAGCCGGCCCAUCCCAAGGACCUGGUCUACGACACCAAGCGCAAAAAGAAGCUGCCCCCCGAGCUCCGCUUUUGCGAUGAGGUUCUCACCGAGCUCCGCAAGAGCAAGCACUAUGAAUUCAACGCGCCAUUCUUGCAGCCUGUCGACCCUGUCGCGCUCAACAUCCCUCAAUAUCACAAGGUGAUCAAGAAGCCGAUGGAUCUCGGGACCAUGGCGAACAAGCUCGCCUCGGGCGAAUACACAAGUUCCAAGGAGUUCGAGAAAGACUUCGACCUCAUCAUCAAGAACUGCCGGACCUUCAACGGCGAGGACCACAUCGUCUACAAUCAGGCGCUUAAGUUGCAGGACCUGUACCGGGCGGAGAUGUCCAGGAAGGACGAGUGGAUGGCCAAGCACGCCCCGGUGUCGGCGGCGCCCCCGCAUGCCGCCCAGAGCCCGCGCGUGCGAGACGACUCAGAGUCGGAAGAGGCCGAGUCGGAGCCCGAUGCCGAGCACGACGAAGAGCGCAAGCAAAUCGAACACCGCUUGGCUACGAUCCAGAAACGUCUCGACCAAGAGCAGCAGAAGAUCAACGAGAUGGUCAACUCUGGCACGGCAGAGAUCGCGGAUGUGGAGAUUGCUCAGUCCGUCGUCGCGAUGCUGCAGAAGCAGCUCAUGCAGGAGCGGGCCAAGCUGGCGAAUCUGCCAGCGAAGAAGCCAGGCAAGCCCAAGGCGUCCAAGUCUAAGAAGGCCGGUGGUGCAGCCGCCUCCGCUAAGAAGGCUACCGUGGCUGGUGCCGGUGGCGCCACCGGAGCUGCCAAGAAGAGCGGCACUAAGAAGACAGCAGCCAAGCGCAAGAUAGGGCCGAUCGAGAAGGAAAUCAUCAUAGAGUCGAUUGGCGAACUGGAAGGCCCACUUCUUGCGCGGGCCAUUGAUCUGAUUAAGAAGGACACCGGCCAGGGUGAGAACGACGCGGGCGAGCUGGAGCUGGACAUCGAUAUGGUGUCCGAGGAAGCCCUCGUCAAGCUCUACGACAUCGCGCUCAAGUUCAGGCCGAACGCGCGGGCCGAGAAGGAGCGGCAGCACUUGGGGAGCAGUGCGACGGCGGCGACGGACCCGCCCGCCGCGCAGUCCAAGCCGUCCAAGUCCAAGAAGAACAAGCCGAUGAGCAAGAGCGAGCAGGAGCGCCGGAUCCAGCAGCUGAACGAGCUCCGUGCCCAGGCCGGCCGUCAGGCGUCCGGCAGCCAGGAGCCGCUAGAGUCGGUCGAAGGCAACGGCCAAGAGCCCUCCCAGCCCGAUCACGAGAGCGAGGACGAGGUGGAUUCGGAAGAGGACUAAGGGGGCCCGGUUCGGACCGCGCGACCGCUUUCGUCCCUAUUUGACGGA